CAGUACUUCGAGGCGGUGAUGAGGCACCUGGAGAACGAUGGCGACAGCUACAAGACGGAGUACAGGAGCCAGCGCAAGGACUUGAUCAGACGCAGAGGCAUGAUGAGGGCCGAGGGAGCUGACAAGAAUGAGGAGGAGUUCGAACGAGUCCAGCGACAACUAUAUCAGAUCACGAGGCGCCUUCAGAAUCUUCGGAAACAGCAGACGGCCGACACGCGACAAGCUCUACUCCACGAACUGGCGCAAGUGUGGAAGAACCAGCAGUGGGCGCAGAUGCACAAGAUCAAGAACAGCCUGACAUCUACAGGCCGAGGGCCCAAGAAGCGCUACAUCUUCGCAGCGCGGCAGAACAUGACAGUAGAAGAAUGGCGGGACGGACUCCAGCUACAACCACACCAGGGCGGCAUGCAAGCGAACUCCAUCAACUGGGACGACGCGCUCGACGACGUGCAGUUCCUUCCCAAAGUUCUCGAGCGGGACCGAGCCAUCCAGCUCGCACAGGCCGACCUCGAGGGCCAGAUCCGCUACCUCAAGAAGGCCCCCAAGCGCAGAGCAACCCCGGGGCGGGGAGCGUACGCGGAGGCGCUGCUGCAGUUGCUGUCUCCUGAGUACCACAGUGCUGAGGACCCCAACGGCAACGGCUGGGAGGUGGGCAUCACGCCUACGGCAUUUCUGCACAAGUAUCAGCAGUUCGUCACACUUGUCAGAGAGAAAGAUCAGGUUCCCCCCAGCUUCCUCCGCUCGCAGAUGUUCGCCCAAAGCAAGGACAACGGGAAGAUAGGCAUCAAAGGACAACGGCUCCUGCACUGUUUCGACUCCUGCGGCGUGAGCUGGUCUGGCCAACUCGCGCGCAGGCUCAGGGCACCUCCGAAGUUUCCGCCUUUCGCUCACGGAGGCAUAGCUGGUCGAAGGAGAGAGGGGGCCAUUCUCGCCCUGAGCAGCGCGAUGUGGUGCUGCAGAGAUCUGAAGCUGAGUCACACGCUGAGCAACUUUGACGGCACGAACGCGUUCGCGAGCACGGACAGGGAGCAUUUGAGAGCACAGCACAGCGCGCAGCACUACGAGCACAACAUCGAACUGUGCAAGCACGCCAUCGACGGUUUAGUUGUGCACGCCAACGGCAUCGAUGGCGAGCUAGAUAUGAAACCAGCAAGGGGCACAACUAUGGGACACGCCAUGGCAGCAGGGGACUUUAUUGCAGUAUACACGCCGCAAGUGCAGCAAUGGAAUCAACAACUAGGGGUGCACGAUCACACGUAUACUUGGUUGCAGUGCGACAGCAUACUGGAGGAGGAGACGGAGACUGGAGGGCAGGUGGAGGACAUCGGAAUUGGGCUGUACGUAGACGAUAUAUCCAGAGUACACAUACAUGCACAUGAGGCGUCACCACGCGCAAUGGAGCUCCAGCCAAACACGGCAACAGGCAAGCUGAGCACAUGCAUCGGGGCGACGGGGCACACACUCAACGAAAGCAAAACGAAUCUCAUCACGCACAUCAUAGGCAAGGGGUCGUUCGCAGCAGUUAAGACGCUUGCAGCAUCCCGCUCGGUAUCAGGCAGUAUUGUCAGAGAGGCACGUGCAUUGGGGCCUCUCCUCACGUUUGACGGCAGUUUGCGCGCAGAGCUUCGAGGGCGCAUCCGCGCCGCUCGAGCUGGGUGGAGAUCGCCGGGAAAGCUGUGGGCUGAACCGGUACCGCUCAGGAUGAGGAGACUUCUUUUCAUUGCGCACGUGCAGAGCGCAGGAAUAUCGGGGCUUACAGGCUUCGUACUGCCACGCAGCUUCACAGACAAGCUCGAUGUGGUAUUCCUCCGUUUCUUGCGCGUACUCAGCAGAGGGACUACAGAGGAGAUAGACGGGAAGGUCAGAGGGGAGACUUACGCGCAAGUGUUCGCGCACCACAAGUUGUCGCGGACAGUGGUCGAGCUCAGGAUCCAGCGGAUCAGAUGGUACCAAAAAAUGGCGCAGCAUCCCCAGAGACACUCCCAAGUUCUUGCAGGUAUUUUUGGAAGCACUCGAAUGGACCUCGCGGUAGAUAGGCCUCGCAUGGGAACAAAUGAGGACCCCAGCGAACAUAGCACUCCGUGGGCUCGACAAGUGUACUCCGACCUCGAGAUUUUCGCGAAGGUCGAUCCUGCUUCUAGGUUCGCUCAGGCUUGGAACUCGAGGGACGGGUUAUUAGAUUUCUUCAGGAAGGAGGAGUUUCGGAAGGUGUUCUUCGGGAAAAGGCCACAGCACAUCAGGCACUUGUUUGACAGGCAUUACGAGGCGGAGGAGAAGGAGGACAAAUACAAAGGAGCGGAGUACAUAGAGGGGGAGGAGGACGCGAACCUUCAGCCGAUCGAGGCGGCCAAUUACUCUUGCGACCUGUGUAGUCCCAGCACCGAGCUCACAGCCCACCUCGAUCACGCCCAGCAGCACGCCGCAGGCAGACAGCUCAAGCGUGCCCGCGGCAAGGGGGCUGGAGCUGGCUCAGACGAAGAUGUGGAUGCGACAGCGAACGAGAAGAUUUUCACGCUGCAGAAGCGCACGCUCAACAACACACAGACGCUGAGGAUCCUCAUGGGAGCGCUGUGGGACUGCCUCAUAGUCCCGAUGGCGCACGCAGUGGCGUCCGAGGGCAUGCGCAUGGGGCAGGAGUACCACCGACUGAGCACCGAGGAGAAGCGCAAGGACCUGGGACCGCCUCACCUGCACAUAUUCGGGCGUAUUAUUCCCACGCUCGUGAAGAUGCAGGGCUUGCCAGACGAUACCAAGGCGAUCCUCGAGCCAUUCGCCAAGCUUAUGACGAGCAUGGAUCGCGAGGAACUCAACGACCUUGUCCGCUACUUCCGCAUCAAAAAGACCUACAACGAGGACAAUCAGAAAGCGGACCAGGCCAGGAUUCACGCGAUGCUGAGCCCGCUCGCCAUCAGUCCGUUCCACAGGCCUCAGCUGAUCCAGCGAUACAGGGACAAGACGGGCGAUCAGGUCGAGAUGCCGAACGCCACUAUCGCAGAGAUUCGGCUGCACGUGAUCAAAGCACUGGUGGCCAGCGGCGGUGUGGUGAAAAUAG